AUGCUCUCUCCCUUCUGCCUCGUGGACAACUGCGCCCACGACGGCCAUGGCGAAACAAGGGGCACAGCGAGCAGUAUCCGCGGCCAUGUGUCCCUCGACGAGGACCGUCGCCGCGUUGAUUGGCCUUCACUUGCGACCUCAAUGAGCAAACAAGACAACAAUGCGCCCUCCCUCAUCCCUCACACCAUGCAGCUGCCGUCUCUUUGCGCCUUCUUGCCGAUACCCAACUCGACCCCUCCUUGUUCAAUGACCUCAUCAACCCAAAUGCUCGGAUUUUCCAGGCCAGAGGGCAGCUUCCAACGUAUCGUCAUGUGCUGCCAGCGUGGCAUGCAGUCCUCUGCACCCGUCCUCCACCUCAACCCAUCAACUCUGUCGGCUGUUUCUAUCUUUUGGCGGGGCACGCUCACGCAGCCAAGCUGCUCCGACAUGCCCGCUCGACUCCUACUACCCCUGCCAUCGGGUCACUCACAUGUCAUUGGUCAAAAUGGCCGACUGAGACGACCGUCUCUUACGACCCUGUUGUUGUGGUGUCUCAGUCGUACUCGAACAUCGACGCCCUCAAACCAGGCCGGCUUGCUUUGCGCUGAACUUCACCGCCUAAAGCCAAAGCUCCAUGCGUGGUCGUGCGUGAUUCACUGGCUCACCCCGGUCUCCAGGCGCAUGAGCUGGGACCCCCCACCCCACGCGCACCAGACACCGCCGUCCCGCCCGAGGGUGAGGGGAUGA